AUGAACCCCUGGAAUGAAGACCGGCUGCGGGAGGACAGCGAUCCGGAAGACGAGCCUGCGUCCGGACCGAUCACGACGACUGAUUCACCCCGGCGGAGAAGAAGUAGCUUAGGCAGCCGGACCCCCAACGACUUGCCUGGCCUAGAGGUGCCCCCGUCACCCGCUGGUGGCAAUGCGGGCAACUUGCCUUCGAACCGAUCUACGUUCAGUCCCGGCGCCUCUCCGCCUACCAGCAGUGGGACGCGGUUCGGACGGCGGCGAUCCAUCGGCGCGAUAUCUCUGAGGGGCCCGUCGAGGGCGGACGGUGCCCAGAUGGCGGACGCCCGGGCGGCGGCGGAGGCUACGGCUCGGAACAAGCUGGAGCAGGAGGCCCCCAUCCGAGGUCUCGCCAAACAAAUGUCCCGAAUGGAUAUGUUUUCUGGCACCAAAAAGAGCGGCGGCGCGGGCACCAACAGCCGGCCGGGCCACAAGAAAAACAGCAGUGGGAUGGGCUUUCUACUCUCUUCCGCGCAACCCCACUCGAGGGUGCCCUCUAGAACCGACGACAGGUCGCCGUGGGAGGUGGCCUCGAUAGCAACGGCGGCGCCCCCACCGUUGCCGCGACCAACGGGCGCGGGAGUAGCGCAGACACCUGUCGCUGUCACGUCGACAACAGCUGGGCGACAACAACGGGGCAACCAGGUUCAGCCCGACGGCAACGUCAGUCCCGGGAGGCUCGAAAGGGCUACCGGUGGAGGUGGCGGCGAAUAUGGGGUUGAUGGGUGCCGUAAUGCUUCCAAGACUCCCGCGGGGGUGGCGGUAACGCACGGCGUUGGGCACAGCGGCGGAGCGGGGGCUAGCCGGCCGCCCCCCCAGGACGACGUGAACUACCCCGACACGCCGCCCCCGCUCCGGCGCAUGCAACGGCGAGGGAGCCUGGUGAAUCGGGAGGUGCCACAGGAGGAUGAACCCAAGGAACCCAUCGAGCCCGAGCUCAUGAUCGGGGAGAUUCAGAGUAUCCGUCUACACGAGGAGAUCGCGCUCGUGCGGAGGGCCAUCGUGUUGAUCAUGUUGAGCCUCGUGGCCGCUGUCCUCGUGCGCGCGUUCGCCGGAGAAUUCUACUACUUCGUGGUCGCUCUUCACUACGAUAUUGCCGUUACCAUCUGGUCAGUCGUGGCCAUGUAUAUUUGGAGGGAGCUGUUUCAUCAGUGGGUGUAUACGGACGACAGCAAACUGGCGAGAGCUAUAUUCCGACACGUCAACCCUGCGCUUGAGUGCCACCUCGCCCUUCGAGUGGGCAUCCUCUUGAAGAACUACUUGGUUCUGCUCGUGGCGACGUCAUACCUUUGGCGACCCUACCUACAAAGGGUUCAGAGCAGCAUCCUGGCGCAGUACAUCCUGCUGCUGCUCACAGACUACUGCACCAAGGGCUACUGCAACCCUGGCGACCAGAACUUUGCGAUCGAGAUGGGUCGGCAGGGCAUCAAGGAAGGGAAGAACAUCUCGCUCUACGCAGUCUCGAAGGCCAUGGGAUUCAUUCCCCGGAACAAGCUUGGGCACACGUUUUUCAGGCAGCUAGCGGGAAGCAACACGCUAGAUUCGAGUAAGGACGCGACCACGCUCGGGAACUUUCUGUUCGAUCAGCUCAUCAUCCGCAGCCGCCCGCCACCAGCCCGCCCCACCACGAACACUUCGCCUCCGCGCAAGAGCCUCGCCGCUGCGUUCACCGCGGCCGGAGGCGGGAGCAUCCGGAUGUCGCGAGGCAGUCACGCCGGCGCGGGCACGUACAGGGCUCUCCCCCGCUUCGGCGGUCAGAUGCAGAAGCGAAACAGCGAGCCGAUGGCGGUGCCCGCCUCCCCGCGGACCACGGUGGCCUCUCCGAAGAGGUUCUCGAUGUUCGAAGCUGGUCGCCCUCAAGUUGAAGGAAUGCCGCUGGCGAAUGGCGGUGGGGGCGGCGCUGCGGCGGGUAAGGUGCCGGUUGCCAAGGCGGUCUCCAGCAAGGCUUCCAGCACCCUCAGCAAGCUCGUCCCCGUGGCUGGGCGUGCCGCGUUGGUGUCGUCCGGCAGAGGGGGUGCCGGCGGCGGCACCGAGAGCAGCGAUGCUCGAUGUGAUGAUGUCGGGACCACCUCCUCCGCAAACACCUCCCCUGGCAGAAGCAGGGUCCGCCGACGUAAGGCUGGGACUUGUGUGGACGGGGUCGACCUGUCGAUCGAGGUUGCUUCUGGGGGGGAAACGGAGGCGACUGGUGAUACCGGCACGGAGGGGGAGAGCCCCGAGCAGCCGGUGGCUUCAAAGUCGCCGAGCGGGCGUGAUACUAGGAUAGAUCGGGCCCGGAUUCUUGCCCAAAACAGGAGCGUUUUUACCAGCUGCAGCAGCGUCGCCAGCAGCAGCAACUACGGCGAUAAGGAGUGCGGCGACGGCGUUGAUGGAGAAGGCCGUCAGAAGGACCAAGAGGAUACAGUGAAGGGGCAGGCAGCGCGGAGUGGUGAGACGAAAGCCGAGAAAAAGGAGAAGCCAAAGCAGGAGGAGGUGCUGGUGCGGACGACAUUUUGCCCGGCGCUUGAGCCGGAGCUGCUCGACGUGGCGUUCAAGAUCUUCGACCUCGACAACAGCGGCACCGUUACCAAGGAGGAAAUGGUGCUGGGCGUUGUCGGGACGUUCAAGGACCACAGGAGCCUCGCCCACACCCUGCAGGACAGCGAGCACAUCGCGCAAAAGCUUGGCCUCAUCAUCAUGUGUGUCAUCCUCUUCAUCCUUUUCUUCGUGUGGCUGUCGAUCUGGGGGGCGGACGUGGUCUCCCUGAGCGUGACCUUCGCGUCGUUCCUGAUCGCCUUCUCCUUCAUGAUCGGCACCGCGGCGAGCAACCUCAUGUCCGCGGUGCUCUUCAUCUUCGUGUCGAGGCUGUACGACGUCGGGGACCGGGUGCACAUCUACAGCGGCAGCAAUACCCAAGGCGAGGAGCCCACGAACGUCACGGUCGUGAAGGUCGACCUCAUGACGACCGUGUUCAAGCGCUGGGACGAGCAGGUGUUUUAUAUGCCGAACCAUUUGCUGGCAACGAAGACGAUCGUUAAUAUCCAGAGGACGGCGCACCAAUGGCACGAGUUCAUGAUUCAGGUUGCAGCUACCACCACCCCCGAGAAGCUGACAGCAUUGCAGACCUCGCUGCAGGAGUUUUCCAAAAGCAAGGACAAGCCCGAGGGGCUGUACACGCGCAUGGGUUUCUCGCUGGUGAGAAUCGAAGACAGCACCAAGCUGACGAUUCGUAUCACGUUCCGGCAAAGGGGCAACUGGCAGAACAUGGAAAAGAAGUGGGCCUGCCAGAGUAUGUGCACCUGGGCGAUCAAGAGCGCCUGUGACAGCCUCAACAUUUCGUACUUCCUGCCGGAGGUUCCGGUUCAGAUGAAGAAGAAAUCGGCCUAAUUUCCCUUAUUUGUAAUAUGGUGCUGUCGUGUUUUGGCGCCGGUAAUGGCACACACCCCCGUUUGCGUGAGUAUGCUUUUGGGCGUGUCUGCCUUACCGUAUGGUGGCACUAGCUUUACCUGCUGCAUUGGGGAGCGUCGAUCGGAAAGCCUUCCUGGCUUGUUUUUAGAUAAAAGUCGCUGCUUGUCCUUGUUUGAUCAGGACGACGCUGUAGAAUCAACUCCCGGCCCUCCGAAUGGUACGCGCCCACAGAAAGCACUGGUCGCCUCCUCUUGCGUACUAGUCGUUUCUGGCUUUUUGUCCACGUCCAGAAUCGUUUUCAUUUACGCACAUAGUUAUAUGGAUGUGGCCCAACCACGGUGAACCUUUGUCAGUCGUAGAUCGCAACGGGUCAAUAUGAUUUCCGACCGUUUCGAAUGUAGAGAGUGGGUGGGAGUUCCAAGGCUCCAAUAUUGGGAGCUUCGAAAGAACGUCGGCCAACGCGUUGUUGUUGAACCUGUUAUCAUCUGCGCUGGCAUGGGACAAUGGUAUCGGUCCGGUGACGGGGUCGCAGAAGGAACCACGUAGUAUGAGAUGGCAGAGCAGGAGGGGGGGGGGUCCGCUUGUAGUGUAAUCCCCGUUAUCCGCAAGGGAAACCCAUGCUUGCCUUGCACCAAUCACCCAACACCACAGGACUUUCUCCUUGUAUUUAAUCUAUAGGGCAGUACGACGCGCUUUGGGUGUGCGCAAAAUAUUCGUUUAGAUGACAGCUCCUUUGUUUUCUUUAAUGUGGUUCGCUUUGAGUGAAACACGAAGGGUCACCCGGCGGGCUGUCACUCGCAUUUUUCGUGUCUGGCGCACCCCCGUUCUAAUAGAAAACGUGGGCGUAAGUAAGGUUGGAAUGCCGCGCGUGAAACGCGAGCGACGAACUGCUGCAACUGGGCGUUCGGGCGUGCGUCGUGAAAGUGUACGAUAGAAUCGUAGUAGUUGGGCUUUUGGGCGCGAAGAAUUGCGUGAGUUUAUUUGCCUUUUCGUCAGCCAACAUUCGGUAAAGCCCACAGGCAGACGAUUUGUCCUAUAGAUAUGGUGUGUGUGUUGGCGUGUUAGGUACGUCGGGCGUGUGCGUUCGUUUUGGACGCUGUGCUAAGUUUAGUUGUGUCGGUAUUCCAUCUUGUUGUCUCAGGUAUUUGUUAGUGUUGCGCGUGGUGUUCUAGCUGUUCCGUGUUGAGUGUUGUAUGUGUGUUGGCGUGUUCGUGAUCCCCAUCCGUUUGCCUGCGAAACCGUUGAGGUUCGGCGUUGCUAGCGCUUUUGAUGAGAUUGCUAACUUAGCCUUUUCACUCCGUGCCUUAUUUAAUUUGCCGGGGUAUUGAGGAGAUGAGUAGAUGCUAACUGCUCUCCUCAAGUGGGUUUGGGACCGAGAAAUGGCCAGCUCUGUGUUUGUGGUGCGCGCUUGUGACAAAAGUCAUGUCGGGGCUGUCGAUCUGAACAAGUUUCAUGGCAUAUUUUGUCCUGCUUCGAAGCAGUCUAUGCAUUGCUGCUGUUUUGGUUAUUUAGCGUAAGCACGGGUGUGGACCUGGUACUUUCUCUGUUGCUGUGACCCCUUUAUGUUUAGCUGAUCGCAGGUGUCUAUUUUCGGCCGCCGUCGCCGUUGAGCGACAAGAUACUGGAAUAAACCGUUGGGGCUUGUUCAGAAGACGGCGGCUCUUCUCCGUUGUGAUGGAAGCCUUCUUUUAUCGGCUGACGGAUGGAAGCAUUCAU